UCUUCAUUUGAAUGAAGACCGUUUUACAUUCAACGACAUUUAUAGGAUUGUGACCACCGAAUAAACGCAUCGAUUGUUCCUUAUUCAAAUGGCUAAUUUAUAGAUGAAUAACGGAAAUCAUCCUAUGAUCUUGUUACAUCUUUUUGUUUCAUUCCUAAUAUUCCAUAAGCUUAGACUGUGUUGUCUGUUCAAUAUGUUGACCACAAUCAGACUACCAAAUCAACCAAAACGUCGAAUAGUUUUUACAACAUUCGUCAUUAUCUUAAAUUUGGUAUCAAUUUUGGAUUGUCAAUCACUGCCAUAUACAACUAUUAGCGAUGGCCAACAAUGGCCAUCAGAUUCAUGGUUUCAUCAUAAUGAUGACGAACAAACUGCCCCAACAACUACAGGACCAAUAGUGGCCCUACUAAACAUGACAAACGAAGAAAUGAGUCAUCCAGGUUCGGUUGAAGAAUCAAACGGGGAAACAAUGACGAUAUUGCCACCAUUGUCCUCAUUGUUAUUAGAAUCAUCUACAAUCAAUCCAUUGAUCGGUCGUGACGGUCAUUAUGGUAUCGAUGCCGAAUUAAAAUGUCAAUCAAAAGACGAUUGUCCCGAACAUUCAGAUUGCGUUGACGAAUUCUGUCGUUGUCGUCAUGGCCAUUGCCAAAAUUCGGGUCAAUGUUUAGUAGUCAGUGAUGCUGAAGUGUAUUGUUUUUGCACUGGAAAUUUCAGUGGACCACGUUGUGAAUACCGCAAUCAAGCAUGUGGAUUGAAUCAUAAUUGCCAAAACGGUGCCACAUGUAGCCUUAAUCUAAUUGAGAACUCGACCAUUGCAAGUUGCCUUUGCCGACCGGGUUACCAUGGCGAUAAUUGUGAACAUAUUUUACACACAUGUGAUACAAUCAAUUGUCUCAACAAUGGCCAUUGUCAAAUUGGGUCCGAUGGUCUUGCCAUUUGCUUAUGUGCAGAUGGAUUCGAAGGAAAAAAUUGUGAACACAACAUCGAUGACUGCCCAAAGCCAAAUCCAUGUAAAAAUGAGGGCCAUUGUGUUGACGGAAUUAACAAUUUUACAUGCCAAUGCAUCCAGCCUUUUCACGGUACGAACUGUACAGAAUUAUGGGAUCCAUGCCAAUCACCAGAACAAAACCCAUGUCAAAAUGGAGGUCAAUGCGUAACCGCACAAGAUUUCCUAUCAUUCAAUUGUAGCUGUCCAUUAGGAUUCACAGGUGAUCAUUGUGAAAUCAACAUCGAUGAUUGUGCUCAACAGCACAAUUGUAGCGAUGGACAGAUUUGCAUCGACUUGAUCAAUGGAUUCCGUUGCGAAUGCCCGGCUGGUUUUGAGGGAGUCCGAUGCAAAGACCGCAUAGAUCAUUGCAAGCAACAUAAAUGUCAGAAUGGUACCUGUUUGAAUAAUUUGACAAAUUAUAGUUGUUACUGUGCAACUGGAUAUGAGGGCAAAUAUUGUGAACUAGAUAUAGAUGAAUGCGCAGUCCACCACCCAUGUGUUCAUGGAUUAUGUGUCAAUCAACCUGGUUCCUUCGAAUGUUAUUGUAGGCCUGGCUAUACUGGUCCGUUAUGUCAGCUGGACAUUGACGAAUGUCUUUCUGGUCCGUGCCAAAACAAUGGUACCUGCAAAAAUUUGCAGUCUACUUAUGAAUGCGAUUGUCCACUUGAAUAUUCCGGCAAGAAUUGUGAAAUAGAAGUCGAUGAAUGCAAAUCAAAUCCAUGUGAAAAUGGUGGAACCUGUACUGAUUUGAUCGGUGGCUAUCUUUGUCAAUGUCCGUCCGGCAUUCAAGGAUCACAAUGUCAUUUGGACGUCGAUGAAUGCAUUCAGAAUCCUUGUCAGAAUGGCGGCCGCUGUAUCAACGAGUUGGCUAGCUACCAUUGCCAAUGCCAGCAUGGAUUUGAAGGCGAUCAUUGUGAGCAAGAUGUUGAUGAAUGUAUUAAAAGUCCUUGCCUGAAUAAUGGCACCUGUGUAAAUAGUAAUGGCACUUAUGAAUGCGAAUGCCUCUCAGGUUACCGUGGUCAGCAUUGUGAGCACGACAUUGACGAAUGUAUUGAAUUAGUCAAUAGUGGAAAUGAUCCAUGCCUGAAUGGGGGUCGCUGCAUUGAUUUGGUAAAUGCAUUUGAAUGUAAUUGUACCGAAACUGGAUUCGAAGGUUCCCAUUGUGAGAAAGAAAUCGAUGACUGCCAACCGAUGCCUUGUUCUGAAUCUGGAACACUUAGAUGCGAGGAUUUGCACCUCAAUUACAGUUGCCAUUGUCGACCUGGUUUUACCGGCCAUCAUUGUGAGAUCGACAUCGAUGAAUGCGAAUCAAAUCCAUGCCAAAAUGGUGGUACUUGUCAACAAAAAACCCACGAUACAUCAUUGUUUGGACCGAAUUUUCGCGACAAAUAUGAACUAGACGAAUUAACCGUUUUGCGACAUGGUCAUCAAGCUGUUAGUAGCGGUGGUUAUACUUGUACUUGCGUACCUGGAUUCGAAGGCAUCGAUUGUGAGAUCAACAAAGACGAUUGCCAAAUCAACCAUUGUCAGAAUGGAGGCAUUUGUAUAGAUGAAGUCAAUUCUUAUUCAUGUCAAUGUCCUUACGGAUAUGAAGGCAAAAUAUGCCAAUACCUAAUCGAUCCGUGCAUUUCAUCACCAUGCCGGAAUGGAGCCACUUGUUUGAAGAAGAGUAACGAUUCGUAUAGUUGUGAAUGUUCGAUUGGCUAUUUAGGUGAACGAUGUGAUCGACGGCGUUCAUGUUACAUGCCUGAAUGUCAUCCAGAGCAUUCACAUUGUGUGAAAAAAGUAUCACAUAUGUCAAUGCAACAUACCCUUUGUGCUUGUUUGCCGAAUCCGUCAGGCUUAUAUAAUCGUUCGCUAUGUGAUCCGAUUUAUGAUUGCUCCUUGGCCACCGGUCUUUGCCAGAACGGCGGAACAUGUGUACAAUCAGGUCGUGGCUAUUACUGCAUCUGUUCAGACGAUUAUGAAGGAUUAAUAUGCGAAAAAAAGAAACGGAUUAACCUGGUAAUCAUAUUGAUUGCAUCUGUGGGCGCCAUAAUGACUAUAGCUUUAGCAAUCAUCAUGUCGAUCGUAUUUCGAAGCAUAAAACGAGCUCGAGCAACACGUGGCACUUAUUCCCCAUCCACACAGGAAAUGUUCGGAAAUUCUGCUGGAGAGAUUCUUAAACCACCACCGGAAGAGCGUCUCAUUUAAAUGCGAUGCUACUUUGUCAUUUGUACAUACAUGAAUUAUACAAUUAUGAGAAUGGUACAAACUCAAAUUGUACAUCCCUAUAUUAU